AUGGUGGACGGCAAUCCUCCUGACUUGCUGCUUUUGUGCAGAGAAAGAAGGAACGACGAGCUUCUCAAAGAGCUCAAACGAGGAAUUCGACUGCCGCAGCGCCUCAGCAAAUUGGACGCGAAAAGCGGCCUGUCAGUUCUCCACGAGGCCUGCGAGCGCAACAACCCUGAUGCACUGCAUUGGCUUUUGCUGUACGGUGGCAAACCCAAUAUAAAAUCUCAGACCGGACUGACUCCACUGCACGUCGCAUGCGCUCGAGCAAGGUCUCAAUGCGUGAAGCUGUUACUGCGAUAUGGAGCCGACAUUGCGGCGCAAGACAGCAAGAAACAAACACCUAGAGACAAGAUGAAGUCCACGUACUUUACCAAGAGAGACAAAAAAGAAGAAGCUAAUGUUGUGAAGCAAUUGCUGAAAAGCCGUGACUUAGUUGCUGCUGCUGAACAUCACCCUGCUAAGGUCACUGAGAUGCUGAACACAGUAAAAGUGAAGGAAUUUGAGAAAAAUGAUCUGGAGCAAGCACUGAACAUCUGUGCUAGAAACGGAGCUUUAAAACCUGUUUGCCAUUUGCUCUGUAAGGGUGUCACCAACCUUGCAUAUGCUCUUGAAAUCUCUGCACAACAAGGACACUACAAUAUUACUGCACUGCUGGCCCUUGCUCGUGCAGUCAUCAAAGAUGAUCUUGAUAGAAUUCUCUACGUCUUCGGAGACUCACACGAUGAGUAUGACUACUAUGAGUCAUACUUACCGAUGGUACUUGACUCAGUAAGAAAGCGAAAACCACCGAUUGAAGUGCUGAUUAGUGUUGCAAUCAAAUUCACUCGGAAUACUAUUAUUUACCAUUUGCUCCAACAUUUAGAUUGUAAUCGAAAUCAAGGCAUUGUCAACUGGAGUAAAUUGCGGUUGAAGCAGAUUGAACCAGAGUGGGUGCGUGCUGUUGCUUCAUUUGUCUGUUCUCUUGAUCUGAGCAAUAACAAACUGCAUAAAUUCCAAGAUUUGCUGCUGCCUCUCACAGAAUUGGUUAAUCUUGAUCUCUCUGGCAAUGUUUUAGAGACAGUGCCUAUGAAGCUGUUUCAGCAAGCCAAUCUUCGACAGCUUGAUCUGUCUCGAAAUGUGUUGAGGGAACUGCCCCAGACAUCAUCCUGGUCACGGAGUUUGGAGAAGCUUUAUCUAUCUAAUAAUAAGCUUCGACAUCUUCCAGAUGGCAUGCAAAAUGCAUGUCUUGUGUCACUGAAAAUAGAUCGAAACCUUUUUUCAGAAGUUCCUACAUGUGUGCCAUGCAUUUUGACAUUAAAAGAACUUGAUUUGAGCUACAAUACAUUUCUUAGUUCUUUGCCUAAUACAUUGGGCCAACUGUUAGAUCUGGAGACCUUGAACUUAGCUGGAGUAGUAGUUACUAAUGUUCCUCCAAAACAUAGCAGGUCAGCUCAAGAAGUUGUUCGGUAUUUGAGAUGCAAGCUUCGUUCUGCUAAAGAAGAAUAUCGCUUGAAGUUGGUUGUUCUUGGCUAUCAGUCAAAGGUAAAGCAGGCGUUAGUAGCGCGUCUGCAAGGUGAUGGUUUCUCUCCCAUCCCGGUCAGAAAAGAGAAAAGUAGUAGUCCAGAGAGUAUUAACAGUGAAUUCGGUGGUAGCAGUGGUAAUGGUGGAAAUGAGACUUCUACUCACCCACAGCUUGUUAUCACUGACUGGGAAUAUAAACCCAAGCUAUGGACAAAAUUCAAGGUUGACUUUAGCAUGUGGAAUUUUACUGGAUUUGAGCCUUACUAUUCAACUUAUCAAUGUUUUCUGACAAAGCAGUGUGUUUGUUUGCUGGCAUUUGAUGCAUUACGAGGUGUGGAUGCUGUUCUGGAAUUAUCGCCAUGGCUGGAAUCAAUAGUAAAGUAUGUACCAGAUGCCACAGUUGUAGUUGUUGGCUACUAUUCUGGCAAACAAGGCAAGGGAACUCUUGAAGAUCGUCUUGUCAUGCAAAUUAACAAUCAGUGGAGAAAAAUGACAAGUGAGCAUCCAUACAGUUCAUUUCGUUGUGGAGGAGUUGUUUUUGUUAGCGAUGAGUCUGACAGCAAAAAAGGUAUUCGCAAGCUAAGAGAAGCACUGUAUUCAGCAGCUGUUAGCUUGUUUGAGAAUGACAAGAAGAGAAUGAAACAUUUAGUUCCAUACAGCUACCUUCAAGUUGCAAAAAAGAUUGCUACUCAACGACAACAUUGUACCCAAAAGAAUAAAUGUCCUAUCAUGGCAAAGAAUGAUAUGCUCACACUUCUUCAUGAAAUUCCUGGUCAGGACAUCGACAAUCCACAAGAGCAGAAAGAGCUGGUCGAAUAUUUGAUGAAAGCAGGAGUAUUGAUGCAUUUUGAUAUUUCCAAAGUUGACAUCAAUCAAUUGCUUUUUAUUGAUCCUUCAUGGCUGUAUGAACUGAUGACUCGAGUUGUUUAUGCGUGUCCUCGCAGCUCUGCAGCCAUUAGUGGCUUGCUUCGUCGUGAUGACUUACCAAUUUUGUUUCCAUGCCAUCGCUUUUCAGCAGAGUAUUAUGAUUCCUUCUUACGGCUGCUAAACAGGUUCUCUGUUGCCAUUACAAUUGAUUCCGAGGUUAUGUUAGUGCCAGCUCUUCUACCUACUAAGCAAUCUUCAGAGUUUUUAAACCUUGGCAGUACAUCUCUGCAGUUACGCAGGCUCUACACAUUUACUCACCUUGCUACAUGGUUUUGGAAUCGUUUGUUGGCUCGUUUGAUAUUGUCAUUGAAAGAGAUAGCAGUUGCUUUUGGUGUUGAUCAUCAAACACUAUUUCAGCCUGUAACUGCUGGUUUUGCUGACCAAAAAGCACAAAUUGAUUCAUAUUCAACGUCUGACUCAGUAGAGCCAGGUAAUGGAGAAGAUUCUAUUGAUUCACAUUUGAUGUUGCCUGCUACAGAAACUGAUAAUCCAGUUGAAAGCCAAAUGCUAAUGACUGGCACAGAAGUCGAAAUUGAAAUGAAAGGAAAGAAAGCAGGACUAAGUAAGCUUAAUGUAGAUGCAUCAAUGGAAAAAGGGUCAUACAAUGACAUUUCAAGCAACAGAUCUAAACAAAAACCAAAUGAGCUGUUGUUUCAAAAGAAGACCCAGGAAACAGUUAGUCUGAGUCAGACUUCAGUGUCACCUCUAGAGGAUGAUAUAGAUUUUGUUUCUUUGCCAAGAUCAAGGCCACAAGUUGGCAGUAUUUGUAGUGAUGGCUCAGGAAGAGCUCUUCAUUACUGGCGAUAUGGCAUGUCAUGUUCUGUUGGUGAUUCAUUCUUCUGUUUGAAAAGAAGAAUGGACCAAACAACUGGGACUGAUCAAGAGCUGGAGGUGGUCACCUCUGCAAAUGAAAGAGGCAAGAAGGCUAUGACACUGAUUGUUGACAUUCUUUUCGCUUUAUUGAUAGAGUGGUUUCCUGAACUUCUAGAAUUGCCUUCAUCGAAUUGCUUUGUUCAACAGACUGCAACUUGUUGUCAGUGCAGUCGGCUUGGUGUCAAGUGUGCAAACAACUUCAUUCUUGAGACAUGUGUUGAAGCAUGUCUACGAGGUACUCCAGUAAAAUGCCACCAGCACAUUAAAGAACCUCCCUGCUUAAAUGAGCUAGUACCAGAGAUGGUUUUCAGCGAUUUGCCUGCAAGUCUUAUUAUAUCACAUAAUCAGCUACAGAUUAUGGACAAGAUUGGAGGCUCUGGCUGUACACAAGUUUGUAAAGUCAAUGUUGAUAACCAAGCAGCUGCUUUCAAAGCAUACACAGUGCUGGCAAACACUUCAGCCUCAGUCCAACAUGUCUUUUAUCAUAUGCGAGCAGAGAUGAAGCAUCUUCAAACUGUGAGUCACCCUAAUGUUGUCAGAUUGUUAGGAGUGUGUCCUAGACCUCUUGGCCUUGUUCUUGAGCUAGCACCCCACGGAUCAUUAGACCAACAUCUUAGUGGGGCAAGAGUGAGAUUGGAACGAAUACUUUUAUUCCACUUGGCUAGUCAGAUUGCAGCAGCUCUUGCACAUCUUCAUAGCAAACAUAUUGUUCAUCGAAACCUAAACCCCAGAGCUGUGCUGGUGUUUUCACUUGCAAUUGAGGAGUUGACAAACAUCAAGCUUUGUGAUUUCAGAGCAGCUGGGAUUGAGUUUCCAUCUGGAUUGAAAGGCAAUGCAGGUUCUGGUGCAUAUCAAGCUCCAGAAAUUGUAGAGAGUAAAGGCAUGGAAGAAUAUGAUGCAUCAGUUGACAUAUUCUCAUUUGCUAUGGUGUUGUAUGAAAUGAUUACUUAUCAGAAGCCGUUCGAUGGUGAAGCAAAAGCUGAUAUUGUAACUCUGAUUCUACAGAAUCUCAGACCUCAUUUAAGUGAUCAUGCUGUACCAGAGGGAGGCUUGUAUUGUUUAGCUGAACUAGUAAAGCAAUGCUGGGAAAGCAAGCCAAGUGACAGACCAAAACCUCUGACUAUAGUAACUAAUCUGCUUGUACCUCAGUGUCAGUGUCUUAUGGGGUGUCAGGUGCUUCCUCAUUCUGACAGUGUCAGGCUUAUGUGUUUUGUGCCACAAGCUGAGGAAUUGUGGGUGUUUGCAGAAAAAGAGGAGCAGUUGCUAGGGUUUGUGCUAGAUGUGCAUAACCUUUGCAUUAGAAGUUCUAUUCCUGCAGCUGGUGAAGAUUUGGAUAUAAGUACAUACAAAGCCCUGUGCGCAGUUGCAGUUGGUACAGAUACCGUGUGGGUUGGUGUAGUAGAAAAGGUCAUUCUCAUAUUUAAUGUGAAAACAAGGAAACUGCUAGAGACUAAUGAGACUGGUCAGCCUGUGGUGUCUCUUGUCACAUGCAAUAAUAAAGUCUUUGCUGGUCUUGACCAUGGUCAACUGUCAGUGUAUGAGGAGAGCUCUUUGUAUACAAGAGGACAGCUGUUGUGCAUUGGGUCAGAACCUAUUAUUUCUAUUGCAGCAGUUGAAAAUGAGGUGUGGUGUAGUUGUGGUGACCAACUUUAUGCUAUAGAUUCUGAUUCUUUGGACACUAUUUGCACGAUUCCUUGUGAACAGGCUGUCACGGGUCUUGUGGUAUCACCAGAUGGUCAGAGCAUAUGGGGUAUGCAUCGUAAACUGGCUCUUCUGUCUUGUUGGGAUGUCACAUCACACACUUUACGUGAUAGUUUUGAUUGCUUUCAUCCUGACUCUGUUGUCAACGUGACUGAAUCUCAGCCUACAAUACUGCCUGGCUUAAGACGUCCAAGAUUGCAUAGUGCUACUCCAUUUGCACUAGCUGGUGAUAGAAUUCGCUCUGUUUUGCCAGUUGCUGAUACGUUAUGGGUUGGCACAGAAACAGGCUUUAUUCUAAUAUUUCAAAUGCCAAGUCGAGAACUUCUUACACAGUUUCGAGCACAUAAUGGGAAGGUUAUAUGUCUUCUUACCAUUGAUCUUCCCAUUACAGAACAUGGAGUUGUAAUAAGUGGGGCAAGUGGCUUCCAUUAUGAUCGAGAAGCAGAAAUUCUUUACAAGAUGGAUAACUCAACUGAAGGUACAGUAUUGAUGUGGGAGGCUAUUUCUGGGGCUAAUGCAAAGCUACUGGAGCAAAGAAGUCAACUGUGAAUGGACAUCUUUUCGUAACAACUGUCAGCCAUUUGAGUAUUCUAUAAUUGCCAUUGCAUGUGUUGUGAUUGUCUUGAUGUAGUAGCUUUAAGAUAGGAGAGCAUCACUAGAAAUCUUGGUGUUCUACUGUGUGUGCUA